CUCAUCCACGCUAAACCCUUACUCCAACACAACCAUUACCUUGUUGCCACCAAUACCUACCUUCCUCCUUCGUCAAUCAUGUGUUCUUCAAAUUCGAAAUUGCUGCAAUCAUCUUAUGUUGCUACUCCGGCCACCACAACUGUCUCCGACAUCAAUGGCCGCCCGGUACUACAGCCAGCCACAUCCAACCGAGUACCACUAAACGCUCCACUUUUCGAAAGACGUUCCCUCAAAAAAACCCUCUCCCUGCCAAAAUCCAUCUCCAUGGUUCCAUCCCCGACGCCACUUCACACCAAAACAAACCAACCCCCGAUCUCCCCCAAACUAAAAUCUCCACGGCAGCCGGCGGUCAAGCGAAGCGGUAACAACCACAGCAACGAUAUGAUGACUUCAAGCUCUGACAAGCUUGUACUACCCUUACCCACAAAAUGUACAACCCCCAAAUCCGUGAUUCCGGUAAAAAAAUCCAAGAAAUGUGCUGUUACCAGUGACCAUGAUCAUCGUUUGCAUAAUUCUGUGGAUACCACCACCAGCACCAGUCCUAAUUCGUUGGUGGUUAAGUAUUCAUCGGCGGCAAUUGUUGAUUCUCCGGGGAGUAUUGCGGCGGCAAGGAGAGAACAAGUGGCGGUGAUGCAGGUUCAGAGGAAAAUGAGGAUCGCUCACUAUGGUAGAUCUAAAUCUGCUAAGUAUGAUAGCUGCAGCAAGCUCACAUCUUACAAUUUUGAUCCAAAUUCUCUUACUUCCGCGAUUGUUAGAGAUGAGAAAAGAUGCAGCUUCAUCACUCCUAAUUCAGACCCGAUAUAUGUCGCAUACCAUGACCAAGAAUGGGGAGUUCCAGCUCAUGACGAUAAGGUGUUGUUUGAACUAUUGGUUCUAACGGGUGCUCAAGUCGGAUCGGAUUGGACUUCUGUUCUAAAGAAAAGACAACAAUUUAGGGAAGCUUUUUCGGGUUAUGAUCCGGAAAUUGUGUCAAUGUAUUCGGAGAAAAAAAUAACAUCAAUCAGCACUGAAUAUGGCAUCGAACUCAGUCUUGUCCGAGGUGUCGUUGACAACUCUAAAUCUAUUAUUCAGAUCAAUAAAGCAUUCAGAUCAUUCGACAAUUACAUAUGGGGAUUUGUAAACAACAAACCGAUCACAACACAAUACAAAUCAAGUCAGAAGAUACCCGUAAAGACAUCGAAAUCCGAAGCCAUAAGCAAAGACAUGGUCAAAAGAGGAUUCCGACAAGUGGGUCCCACCGUCAUUCACUCGUUCAUGCAAGCAGCCGGCCUCACAAACGAUCAUCUGACCACUUGCCCUCACCACCUUCGAUGCACCACUUUAGCAUCGUCGACGACACUAUGCCCUUAAUCCAUGUUAAUUAAAUACACGUUCUAGUUAGUGCCCUACAAAUUAACAUUUUAUUUUAUCGCUAACAUGACAUACAACCCUGGUUUUUGUUUUUGUUUUGGAUUUGUGGUUUGUAUUUGUUGAUGUGGUUUAUUUUCACUCAUUUACUAGUGUGUAUUGGAAAGGUUUAAUUUAUGAAGAUAACUGUAUAACCGAUAUUAACCCGAGUGGGUGAUGUAUUAUUAUAAUAGGAUUGAUAUGUGUGGUUUGAUUGGGUGUAAAAUUGAUUUUGAGUUGAAAUAAAGAGAUGUGGAUCAUGUGACAA